UGCAGAAGGGCUGCCAGAACGAGGGAGGAGGAGGAGGAGGAAAGGACGCCAGUGGGUGUCAGGAGAUGCAGGCUUGAAGGACCAUGUGACAGGCCAGAGGGGCUGGAAGGAUUGGCAGAUUGGCUGCGUAGCUAACAAGUGCAUGAGCUCAGCAACCCCCCCGUCCCCCCCAUCACCAUCAACCUCGUCCCCCCCCCUCUGCUCCCUCCCCUCCCCAUCUGCUUGUCUUUUUUUUAUUUUAUUCCUCUCCCUCAGCAUCCUCCUGUGAUCCUGUAGGUUAGAGCUGCAGCAGCAUCAAUGGCCUAAACCAGAUCCCCGGCCAUUUCUUCCGUCGCUGCGCCUGUACAGCCUGCUCUCGGUGUUGUAGUGGGGGGGGCUCCUGGAUAUACAGAAUUUCAUUGAUGUCUUUUUCUUUUCCUUGUUCAGUCUUUCUUCAAUCCUUUUCCUUGCAGCCAGUAACCACAGCCUUGUGUUCCCCUUCGGUGUCGUUUCAGGCUCUUUGGAGAUUGAGGAAUGCAACUCUGCCACCAUGAUGGAAGGACUGAAAAAACGUACAAGAAAGGCGUUUGGUAUACGAAAGAAAGAGAAGGAUACUGAUUCAACGGGAUCACCGGACAGAGAUGGUAAUGUAAGUAUACACAUGAGAAUAUACAGUGGCAAAAGAACUGUGAUUAAUUGGAUCUGGUUAUUAAAAAUGCAGUCUGUUUACUCUCUUUUUAAGAAAAAGACAAAUGGAGCACCAAACGGAUUUUACUCGGAAAUUGACUGGGAAAGAUACAAUUCCCCAGAAGUUGACGAAGAAGGUUACAGUAUUCGACCAGAGGAUUCUGCCUCUACUUCCAAAGGAAAGCACUUUUUUUCCUCCAGUGAGUCGGAAGAGGAAGAAGAUCACAGAAGAAAGUUUAAAAUUAAAAUCCGACCAUUGCAAGCCAAGGAUGGCUUAAACGAUAGCGGCGUUUCGGUUGACGAACUGAAAGCCUCCAUUGGCAACAUUGCAUUGUCGUCCUCUCCAGUGAGAAGAAGUCCGAGGCGUAGUCCGGGUGUGAUCAAAAGACACCUUUCUAGUGAAGAAAUUGCAAGACCAAGGCGUUCAACACCAACACCUACUCCAGACAAUGUCAGCAAGGUUACACCAGAAGAUCCCACAGUUCUGUUUGGACCACCAUUGGAGUUAGCCUUUGAAGGCCAGAAGUCAGAAGUUGUAAUUGAUGAACCUGAAGUGUGGGGGGUUACAAAACCCAGUGAAUCAUAUCCAGAUUCCCCAUUGACAAGAGCAUUUCCAACUGGAACUCCACCCCCACUUCCUCCAAAGAAUGUCCCAGGAGCGAGUAAUCAGCCGGACUCCACAGAUGAAGAGCCACAGGGAGCAGGUGCUCCAUCAGAUGAUUCUGAAAGAACAACCACGCUGCAAGGAAAGCUGCCAUCUCUAAGUGACUUGGAUAACAUAUUUGGACCAGUGCAGUCCUCCCAAACCGCAGGGGAUGUCAGUGACAAUCAAUGGGUCAGCUUCUCGAAUAAUUCACCUGAACGUGCUGCUCCUGCGGAGUCCCCUGUUCCAGCUAGUGCACCCGUCGAGUCGGAUGAGAAGACUGUAUCCUCCCUUCCUGUUUCGCCUGUUCAGUCCCCACCAUGUGAAAACAAAGAUCAGUCCCCCCCUACAGAGUCUGCACGUACUGUUCCUCCUCCCUUGGAUUUGAAAGUGGAUGAGAAGAAAAUCGAACAGCCUUCUGUAAAAGAUGACGUGUCGGAAUCAACAACAUCUCCCAAAGAAUUUGGGCAGGGUGCCCGAUCUACCCCACCUCCCCCACCUCCGCCAACGUACAGAACUGUGGUGUCUUCACCGGGACCUUGCUCAGGAACAGGCAGUGGUUCUUCUUCCCCUGCACGUCCAGCAACGCCACUGGCAAGCGGCAGUCCGACGCCCCCGCCACCACCUCCACGGCCGCCAUCCCGACCAAAACUUCCUCCUGGGAAACCUGGAGUUGGAGAUGUGACGCGGCCUUUCAGCCCACCCAUCCAUUCUUCCAGCCCACCUCCUGUUGCUCCCUUGGCCCGUGCCGAAAGCACUUCCUCGAUAUCAUCUACAAACUCUCUGAGUGCUGCCACGACGCCCACCGUCGGUAAAGACAUCUCCAUUUCUGUUUCAGAAGAUGAUGCAUUUGUUGACAAACUGCCAUCGUUUGAAAGGCGUUGUGAGACCCCUGCAGGUUCUUCCCGGGGACCCAGCCCACUAACCAUGGGGGCACAAGACACUCUUCCAGUGGCGGCUGCUUUCACAGAAACAGUCAAUGCCUACUUUAAGGGAGCGGACCCCAGCAAGUGUGUUGUGAAGGUUACUGGAGAAAUGGUCCUGUCGUUCCCAGCUGGAAUCACCAGGCACUUCGCCAACAAUCCUUCUCCAGCUGUUCUUACAUUCAGCAUAACGAACUACAGCCGACUGGAACACAUCCUCCCCAACCCACAGCUUCUCUGCUGUGACACUACAACCCAGUCCAGCGAGAAUUCAAAAGAUUUCUGGGUUAAUAUGCCAAACUUGAUGAUGCAUUUGAAGAAAGUUGCUGAGCAGAAACCACAAGCAACGUACUAUAAUGUGGAUAUGUUAAAGUAUCAGGUUGCCGCACAGGGUAUUCACUCCACGCCUCUGAAUCUGGCAGUAAGUUGGCGCUGUGAAGAGAGCAGCACAGACCUGCGAAUAGACUACAAAUACAACGCUGAGGCUAUGAGUUCGCCGGUAGCCCUUAAUAACGUCCAGUUUCUUGUUCCCGUUGAUGGCGGUGUGACCAAACUGCAGGCUGUACUCCCCCCUGCCUCCUGGAAUACAGAACAGCAAAGAAUCCUGUGGAAGAUCCCUGAUAUCUCUCAGAAAUCUGAAAAUGGAGGUGUUGGAUCUCUGCUGGCACGGUUUCAGUUGUCAGAAGGGCCCAGCAAGCCUUCUCCUCUGGCUGUGCAGUUCACCAGUGAAGGCAGCACCUUGUCAGGAUGCGAUAUUGAAUUGAUUGGAGCCGGCUACAGGUUCUCUUUAAUUAAAAAGAGGUUUGCUGCAGGCAAAUAUUUGGCUGAUAACUGAAAUGCGGACCACUGAGAAUUCAGAAAUCAGCCCUUCGGAUGGGGUUCAAAUGGCAACAGACCUACUACAGGUGCUUUUAUGCAAUGAACAAAGGAAAAGAAGACAAAAAAAAGACACUUUAUAUUCUCUAAUCAAAGUGGCCAGUCCAGCAGUAUUAUAAAAGCUAUAUACAAUUGGUAACAGUUUUAAAGUGUAAUUAUUGUAUUUGUAAGAUGUAUUCAUUUCAGAACAUAUGUAUUUCAGCAGUUAGAUACUUGAGGUUUAUGAAGUUAGUUGCUCUAUUUUUAAUAUUUAUUACCAACCCUUCUUAUUGCUGCUUUCUUACUGUUCCUUGAUCACAAACAAAACCAAACCUUACGUAGUAACAGACAUAUUGUUAAGAGCUCAAAGCAGAAGGUCGGGUCUUGAGUCAAAUCUGUGUGCUUCUGGAAGUUUCCCAUUCAUUAGGCCGUAUUGAAGAAAAGCAGUUGUCUAGUUGGACCUUUCUGAAAGUGGGGCCACGUCACCUCGAUGGUGUUUAGGGUGGGUGGGCGAGAUGGCUGGGAGGGUUUCGUUGAAAAUAAGCUUGCAAAAGGGUCAGUUCAAGAGCUGCAAUUGUGAUAAACUGAGCCAAAUGUCCACUUGGAUGGUGCCCUGGUAAUGAACGAGAGGUUUCCUUCUUCCAAUUUAGACAGCAAACCCUUAAGCGAUUCAAAUUGAAAAUCACAAUAUCAAAGCACUUUUAUUAUUUCCCCUGCAGUCAACAGUUUGUGGCACAAAUGCCAUAGUAAACUGCUCCUCUGAUGCCCUCAUUUCGUUUUUUCCUUAUUCUCUUCCUUGUUUCUUCCAGGUUUGAUGUGGAUUUUUUUUUUCUUCACUAGCAAGGCACAUCUGGACAAACAACUAAAUUGUUAGUACCUAAAUUCCCAACACAGCAAAUACUCAUGCAGAACCCGUGGCCAACGAACAAUCACCAGAUGGUAAAAAUGAAUAGUAAAUUCAGUCAUCCAACCCACUAUAUCCUAACACAGGGUCACGGGGGUCCGCUGGAGCCAAUCCCAGCCAGCACAGGGCGCAAGG